AGAUAGAAAAGGAAAACACAUAAUACAAUAAUUCAUAUACUGCAAGAAUAACUGCCCCAGGUUUGGUUCGUUUGAGGUUUUAAGCAUCAAGGAGACAUGGGAGAAUCUGCUUGUCUCAUGCAACCAUUCUCUUAUGCUUCAGGCAUUCCCAAUGAAGCUCAUGAGGGGAACCCAAUUCAUGCUCUUGGGCAGUCAGUAUCUUUUGGGAGGUUUAUGUCAGAGUCCUUGUCUUGGGAGAAAUGGUCGACCUUUUCUCAUAACAAGUAUGUUGAAGAAGCAGAGAGAUUUUCUCGCCCCGGAUCAGUUGCACAGAAGAAAGCUUUCUUUGAAGCUCACUACAAGAACCUUGCAGCUAGGAAAGCAGCAGCAUUGCUGGAACAAGCCAAUGCUGCAUCAAACAAUGCUUCGGAAUCUGAAGCUGGGGGUGGAGGAGUUCAUGAUACUACUCCACCCGAUCCACAAAUAAAGGAUGAAAUCCCUAAAGAACAGGUCAGGGCUCCAGCUGCUGAAAGAGGCUUUAUGGAGGAUGCCAAAAGAACUGGUUCUGUCACUGAACAUCCGGUUAUUGUGAAGGAUUCUGUGAAAGAUGUAUCAUUUGACAAGAAAUUUGGUUAUGAUAACACUGAGAUGAGAAAACUGGAGCUUAGAGAAAAACCCCAAAUGGAAAUUUGUGUGAAGAACGAGUCGUCAGGUCAGAAUGGGGUUGUUGAGAACGAGAUGAAGGCUGAAGAUUUGGAUCUUGGUGGGAUGGAGAAGCCUCUACUUCAGAGUCCCAACAGUAACAAAGACGAAGUGAAGACCACAAGCAAGAAGAAACAACCACAUUCUACCUUAAAAUCUUCAACUAAUGGCAGAGAAUCUAAGGUGCCAUAUUCACCUGCAAAACUCACAGCUCGAAUUCAUCCCAAGAAGGAAAGCAAUAGCACUCCAGCCACCAAGAAGUCAGCAAUGGAUGCAGUGGAUAAAAAGAGAUCAACUCCAAAAUCAAGCCAGAAGUCCAUGAAUUUCACCCCUGCCAAAGAAUUCAACAGAUUGGCUUCAACAAUCAUGCGGAAGUUGGAUGGCUCGAGAGUUGGUUCAAGUUCAAAAGCACCUUCUAAAGACUGCUCAACUCCUCUUAGGACUCCAACCACGGCUUGUGUGAGUGGAAAACCAAAGCAUCCUGCAGAUACUCCUUGGUCAGAAAAACGAAGCGCUAGAACACCCCUUGAUCCACCUGCCUCCGGAAGUAAAACAGUUCGCAGGAAAUGGGGCUUUCUCCCUACAGAUUGCUCAAAGCUUUUGAGUUCCUGCAGAAACAAAUCACAGUCAACCAGUAUAUUUACACCAUUCAGUUUAAAAACUGAAGAGAGAGCAGCAAGAAGGAAACAGAAGCUUGAAGAGAAAUUCAAUGGCAGUCAGACAGAAGAAGUGCUGCAACAAGCAACACUCAAGGAAAAGGCAGGAACAGAACUCAGGAAGCUGCGUCAAAGCUUUUGCUUCAAGGCCAGACCACUGCCUGAUUUCUAUAAAGAAAGAAAAAGCACAAAGGAUCAGAUUAAACUGCUUCCAGUGACACAAACUGAGACAUCACCUCCAGAAGAACAGCCCACUUCCAGCAGGGGAAGCACUGUCCAAGCCAAAAACUCUCCCCCACGCAAGAAGUCUUCAUUUAAGAACAUUGGAUCAAAGCUAAUGCAGGGAAAGAAAAAUCAAAAUCCAGUUCGUUCUCUUAUUUCACGAGCUGCAACAAUGGUUGCUCAUGAGAACACAUCUCCAAAUAUUCAGCUUGGUAGUCAUGCUGGCUGGACAUGAGACAAGAAGAAUAGCCUCAGAAAUUGAAACUUCAAUUUGCUAUCAAAUUCAUUGCAUGGGGCAUUUUUUUUUUUUUUUUCUGUAAUUAGUACUUGAUAAAACAUUUGUAAAACUUUGUUGUGUCUUAAAAUAUCGAUGUAGCAUCAUGACAACUGCAACUCUCGAAAUGAUUUGAGAAAUAUAAUUUCACUUCCUAC